AGCUUGAAUUUGUUCUGUUCUUUCUUCUAAAACCAUCAUCUUUAAGAUUCUUCAUCUUGGUUUUCAUCUGAAUCUCAAUUCCUUUGAUUCUCUCUAAUGGAGACCCUCUCCGCUUUCCCUUCCCCUCCAUGGCCCAAUCCCAACUCUAACCCCAACCCCCCACCCGCCAUCGCCGACUCGGAACGCUUCGUUUCCGAUUCCGUCUCAUCGGCGCCGCCUCAAACGACGGAGCCGACCGGUUUGUCUCCGGCGGUUGAAUCGCUUGCUUUGCAGCCUUCUCUGCUGCAUCUUUCCUUCAAUCAAGACCAUGGCUGCUUUGCUGCAGGGACUGACCGGGGGUUUCGGAUCUACAAUUGCGAUCCGUUCCGCGAGAUUUUCCGGAGGGAUUUUGACCGUGGGGGUGGUGUUGGUGUUGUUGAGAUGCUUUUUCGUUGUAAUAUUUUGGCUCUUGUCGGUGGUGGGCCGGACCCUCAAUAUCCGCCUAAUAAAGUCAUGAUUUGGGAUGAUCAUCAGAGCCGGUGUAUUGGGGAGCUUUCGUUUCGCUCUGCUGUUCGUGGUGUUCGUCUACAGAGAGACCGGAUUAUUGUUAUUUUGGAACAGAAGGUUUUUGUGUAUAAUUUUGCGGAUUUGAAGUUGCUGCAUCAGAUCGAAACUAUUGCGAACCCUAAGGGUCUUUGUGCUGUUUCCCAGUUGAGUACUUCGCUUGUGCUUGUCUGCCCUGGAUUGCAGAAGGGGCAGGUUAGGGUUGAGCAUUAUGCCUCUCGGCGGACAAAGUUUAUUAUGGCUCACGACUCGAGGAUCGCUUGCUUUGCGCUUACGACGAACGGGCAGUUGCUAGCUACAGCUAGCACCAAGGGAACUUUGGUUCGGAUAUUCAACACAUUUGAUGGAAAUUUGCUUCAAGAGGUAAGGAGAGGUGCAGAUAGAGCAGAGAUAUACAGUUUGGCUUUCUCAUCGACUGCCCAAUGGCUGGCAGUCUCCAGUGACAAGGGCACUGUCCAUGUAUUCAGCCUUAAAGUCAAUUCUGGAUCUCUUGGGAAUGAUAUGUCUCAUCAGAACGAUUCUUCUCUUUCCGUGGCACCAUCUGGCUCCUCAUUUUCCUUCAUCAAAGGUGUCUUGCCAAAAUAUUUCAAGUCAGAGUGGUCUGUUGCUCAGUUUCGCUUGCAUGAAGGCUCUCAGUAUGUCGUUGCUUUUGGUCACCAGAAGAAUACGGUAGUAAUCCUUGGAAUGGACGGAAGCUUCUACCGAUGCCAAUUCGAUUCAGUGAAUGGAGGAGAGAUGACACAGCUUGAAUAUCACAACUUUCUAAUGCCAGAGGAAGCCUUCUAGCUCAAUGUUCUCUUUAUUUCGGUUAUGUCGUAUGUAUGUUCUUUUCCUGCAACCUCCUAAGCCUGCUGUAAAUAGAUCUAUGUACAUGUAUAGAUUGGCCUAUGUCCGUCUUAAGGAAAAGAAAAAGAAGAGAAGAGAAUGCUACUGUUGCCACUCAUGUUCAUAUUUAAUUUUUCUCGUCUUAUUUGCUAUUCAAACAAGGAGACAGAAAAAAGAAAAAUGAAGAGAAGAAAAUAUGACUAAUGAGAUUUCUUUAGAUAACUUUGUUGUAAUACAAUGGGGAUUUGAAUGACAAUGUUGUGAUCUUCCUGUA